UGACGCGUGUAUGGAAUUCAUUAAGAGUUCUGUAAAAAUGUCAAAAUGACAGCAAAACGUGAUAAGGAUUACAACAAAAAUAAAUCAACAGCGGGCAUCGGAUUCUCCGCCUCAAGCUCAACCAAUGGCAGCGGCAUCAAAUCAAUUGGUCUGGUGAGCUCCUCACAAAAUGUAACCUCAUCGCAGGAAAUUAGCAAGCGUACGAAUAAACCACUCAUGGAGAAACGCCGGCGAGCACGCAUCAAUCAGAGCCUGGCCAUACUGAAGGCGCUCAUCUUGGAAUCCACCAAGCAUCAGAAUGCCAAAAACGGCGAUGGGCAGGCGAAGCAUACCAAAUUGGAGAAGGCCGACAUAUUGGAACUCACUGUGCGCCAUUUUCAGCGACAUCGCAACCUCGAUGAUCCAACUGUGAAUAAAUAUCGUUCAGGCUACACGGAUUGUGCCCGGGAAGUGGCUCGUUAUUUGGCCACGCCGGAGCCGCCGCCCAUGGGCAAUAUGCCCACGCUAUCGGAGCCCGGGUCCAAGGCGCGCCUGCUCCGGCAUCUGGAUCAAUGCAUUGCCGAGAUCGAUGUGGAGAUUUGCCCGCACACAACAACGUCGAAUUUUGCCGAGAGUCCCAACAACAGCAGCACCUGUUUCGAUAUCAAGAAAGCGGCAACGUUACCCGAGGAGCAUUCGUUGGACUACAGCAGCCAGGACUCGAAUCCGCUGGACUACAGCAAAGGCGAUCAGCGCGUACUGCUGCAGGCGACAACAGCGCACUCCGCCCAGGACGAGAACAACAAUCGCGGGCAGCUGGCGGUGCCACAAACGCCACAGGUCCAAACCCCAACACAGCAACAACAAUCACCACCAAAUGGCGCUGUCAUCGAACUGGGCUAUGAGAACGAUGUGGGCAACAAGGUCGUCUGCGUCAAUGUGCUCGAGCAGUAUAAGCAGCAGCUGAAGGCUGAAGGUGGCGCCCCGAAUGGUGUGCUUGUACUCCCGCCGCACUAUGUUCAACUGGCAGCUGCCUUGGGCCUGAGCGCUCAGCCGCUUGUGGAUCCGAUUGCAACGCGCACGGAUUUCGAGCGUCUGAUUGAGUUGCAGCGCCUGCAGCCGCAUCUCGCCGGUAAGCUGAGCCCCAAUUUCGCCGGGAGCCUGGAGGCGGCGCAUGUGGCAGCCGCAGCGGCAGCUGCCUAUGCCAAUAGCAUGGCCAGCAAUUCAACGGUUGCAGCAGCAGCCAUGCUCAGCGAGCGACCCGCCUCGGUGGCCUCCUCGUCGGCGGCAGCUUCGGUCAGUUCGGGUGUCUCUGAUCUGAAGUCGGCACCGGCAACGCAACAGUCGUCGCCGCGCUCGGAGAGCGGCAUUGGUUCCAAUGAGAAUGAAACUCUGGACGCUAGUCCACAGACGAGCAGUGCGGCACGACAGGCUCUGCGCCAGCGUCAGGAGGAGGAGUAUCGGGCACAACAGCAGCAACUGCAACUACAACAACAACAGCAACAACACCAACAACAGAUUGUCCUCGGUCUCCAGCAGGGCUCCGAUGAGAGCAUGUGGCGGCCCUGGUAGUUCUCCGAUGCUUGGCCUUGUACAGUUCGGGAUGAUAUAGCUUUUAUGUACUAAGUAUAUUAUUAUAUAUAUGUAUAUGUAUAUGUAUGUAGACUGCGCAAAUUUGUUGCUUUGUUAUGGAUGAUAUGAUUUGUUCUUUUGGCUCCUAACUAAACCUGCAUAAAACAGUGGUCGCUCGCGAAUUGAAACGCUCAUUUUAAUCCAGCGGAAAACCUCAGCUCUAUUUUUCUGCACAACAAAGUCAAAUUUAAUAUUCGUACUAUAUAAUUAAAUUUGAUAGGCUCUGUUUACCAAUUUAAUAGGGUUUUUAUACAUAUUUUACUCAAAAGUUGACUCAAAACGGAAAAUAAUUAACAUAAAUUCUCAAAAAUUAUAUUCAAAGUGCUUUUAUUUUAUGCAAGUCCAAGUUCCGAGUGUCCACUGUAUUUAGGAUAAAACCUAUUGUUAAGCUCUUGCUCGUAUAAAUGUAUAAAAAUUCCAGCACGAGAUGCGAAUAUUUAAAUGCAUUUUUCACGUGUGCCAAUGCUAAAAGACUCUGAAUAAAAAAAAAAAACAAAAACUAUCCGUUCAUAACUAAUUGUAUAAUUCCAGACUAUGUUUUGUCCGAAUACCUUGAGUAAAAUGUAUCAAAUACUGAAAUUAAAACUGCAAUAACGUUAACAUUAUUUAACAAAUAACAAAUAUUUUUUCUUCUUUUUU